CCCCCCCCCCCCCCCCAUCUAUGCCAUUAAUCUCACUCCAUUUGUUACUGUACGUCGGUGUGGUGGGACCACGUUGGAAAACAAGCGGACUUCCCUCUCAGGAGCCCGACGGUCGCUGUUGGUCGUGUGGCAGGCUGAUUUGAGUUUGAAAGGGGGCAGGAUGUCCAACAACAUGGCCAAGAUUGCAGAUGCUCGCAAGACGGUAGAACAACUGAAACUGGAGGUCAACAUAGAGAGGAUGAUGAUAUCCAAAGCAGCAGCGGAUCUGAUGGCCUACUGUGAAGCUCAUGCCAAAGACGACCCCCUGGUGACGCCAUUAGCUUCCUCCGAGAACCCGUUUCGAGAGAAGAAAUUAUUCUGUGAAAUAUUAUAGCCGCACGUGUAAAAGAUAAAUGUCUUAACUAUUUCAAUUUCUGAAUUCACUUUCAGCUAUAAUGAAGAACCUUGGGAUCUUUUUUUUUUUACAGAAUUCUUUUUUAGUGAUAGUGGCUCUUCGGUGACUGCGUUUACCUGAGGAAUGACCAUUUAACGAUAUAAUGAAGACAAUAAAGAUUUACCAGAG